AUGUCACACCAUUCGUCGCUCAAUGACAACACGGAAAGUGCAUCUCUACCUCGACGCAAGAAGGAAGUGCAAACCCGCAUGAAAGAUGGCAAAGAGGUCGAACUCCACACUUGGAACGGUCCACAAGAUCCUGACAACCCGUUCAACUGGUCAACCAAGUACAAAUGGUUCUUGACAAUAACCGUUUGCUUCAUCUCCAUCUUGACAGGUCUUCCGGCUGGGUCUUACGGCGCUGGCAACGAGUACAUGGCAACACUAUUCAACGUUCAAAACGAGCCGUUUCCAAACCUUUACUGGGCGACGUGUUCGUGGAAUAUGGGUGCUGCUAUAUUCCCACUACUAUUCGUACCUUUGACCGAAAACACUGGUAGAAUGCCUGGAUAUUUUGUCGCCUACAUCGUGUUCGAAUUGUUCCUGUUCGGCUCAGCCUUUGCCGAUAACUUUGCAACCUUGGUCGUCACCCGUUUCUUCGGCGGUGGCGCAUCUUCCGUUUCCAUCAACAUCGUGGGCGGCAGCAUUAGCGAUCUUCGCUCGAAAUCCCCUUGGCGAUGGAUCUACUACAUCCAAAUCAUCUACAACGCGGCCCUAAUCCCAGUGUUCUACAUAAUCCUCAAGGAAACUCGUGGCGACGUCAUCCUCAAAAAGCGCGCCCAGAAGCUUCGCAAAGAAACCGGUCGCGAAGUCUACGCAGAAUCAGAGCUCGAGAAGCCCUCGAUAGCUAGCUUGCUCAAGGUUUCAUUCAUGCGACCUACCAAAAUGCUAUUCACCGAGCCUGUCGUAACCUUCUUCACUCUUUGGAUCAGUUUCGCCUGGGGUAUCCUCUUCCUGUUCUUUUCCUCAGUCGUUCAAACCUUCAGCGCUAGCUACGGUUUUGGUACCUUCCAGACGGGUCUUGUCCAAUUGGCCAUCACGGUUGGAGCGCUCAUUGGUACGCUUAUCAAUCCCUUGCAAGACUGGAUGUAUCUUCGCACUGCUUCCAAGAACAAGGAACGCCCUGGCAAACCCAUACCCGAAGGUCGCUUAUAUACCAGCAUCCCUGGUUCCUUGCUCUUUACUGCGGGAUUGUUCAUGUAUGGAUGGACGUGUCGACCAGAGAUUCAUUGGAUCGUGCCUGCGAUAGGCAUUUGCAUCGUUGGUGUGGGCAUCUACUCCAUUUACAUGGGUGUAGUCAACUACCUCACGGAUGCUUACGAGAAAUACGCUGCUUCUGCACUUUCAGCCGCAUCGCUUGGUCGUAACACGUUCGGAGCCUUUCUACCUUUCGCCUCAUACUCGCUUUUCCAGAAUUUAGGGUUCGGUUGGGCUGGCAGUCUUCUGGGCUUUGUCGGGUUAGCAUUGAGCCUUGUGCCGGUGGUGCUACUUCUGAAGGGCCGCGAGAUCCGUAAAAAGAGUCCUUUCAUGUCAGAGGCCACGUUCGACGAUGGAGAUGACGAUGAAGCGGUGGAUAAUGGCAAGGAUGGUGCGAGUCAUCGAGGUACAUUUGGGCCAGCGGGCGUCGCAGGUGGGCCACCUGGCGGAGUUGACGAGCGUGUCUAG